AUGUUCUUGAGGUUUGUCAUAAGAAAGACAGCAAUUACAAUUGGAAAACGCAACAUGUCAAUGGAAGCUAAGUUCGAGCCAUUAUUCAAGAAAAUUGAUGAGCUAAAGCCAAGAUUUAUUGAUCGUCUGGCUAAGGCCAUUGAGAUCCCGGCAGUUUCAUCGGAUGAAAGUCUGAGACCGGCAGUCGUGAAGAAAGCACACUAUAUCGCUGAUGAAUUGAAGAAACUGGGGUUUACAGAUAUUCAGAUGAAGGAAUUGGGGACUCAACCCCCUCCUGUUAAUGAUCCCAACCUGCAGCUUCCUCCUGUUAUUUUAUCGCGUUAUGGUACUGACGCCAAUAAGAAAACUAUUCUCAUUUAUGGUCACUACGACGUGCAACCUGCAGCUUUGGAGGAUGGCUGGGAUACAGAUCCCUUCAAGCUAGUCAUUGAUGAACAGAAACAAUUGAUGAGGGGAAGGGGUGUCACCGACGACUCUGGUCCGCUUAAAGGGUGGCUGAAUGUGGUUGAAGCGCACAGAGAGCUGGGUUUUGAUCUACCAGUCAACCUAGUUACCUGUUUUGAGGGAAUGGAAGAGUCUGGAUCUGUUGGUUUGGACACAUUAAUCGCCGAAGAGGCCGACAAAUACUUCAAAGACGUGGACACAGUAUGCAUUUCCGAUAACUAUUGGCUUGGAACUAAGAAACCAGUGUUGACAUAUGGUUUGAGGGGCUGUAACUAUUAUCAAGUCACAAUUGAGGGCCCUGGCGCUGAUUUACACUCUGGUAUUUUCGGAGGGGCCAUUGCCGAGCCCAUGGUUGAUUUAGUACAGGUCCUCAGUUCUCUGGUAGAUAGUAAGGGUAAGAUUUUGAUAGACGGCGUAAUGGACAUGGUCGCACCUGUCACUGAGAAGGAAAAAGAGUUAUAUGAGAAAAUCGAUUUUUCACUAGACGAGAUGAACGCUGCUUCAGGAUCUGAAACUUGCUUGUAUAAAAACAAGUCAGAUAUUCUAAUGCACAGAUGGAGAUUCCCAUCUCUGUCAAUUCAUGGCGUCGAAGGUGCAUUUUCGGCUCAAGGUGCGAAAACUGUCAUCCCUGCCAAGGUUACAGGGAAAUUCUCCAUUAGAACAGUGCCUGACAUGAACUCUGAUAAGCUUGACAAGCUUGUUAUUGAGCACUGCCAAAAAGCGUUUUCAGCCUUGGGGUCUCCUAACAAAUGCAAAGCGGAGCUCAUUCACAAUGGUGACUACUGGAUUUCCGAUCCUUUUAAUGCCUCUUUCACUGCAGCAGCCCAAGCGACCAAGACCGUGUACGGUGUCGAACCAGACUUCACUAGAGAGGGAGGCUCCAUUCCAAUCACCUUGACCUUUGAAAAAGAACUAAAAACGAACUGUAUGCUCCUACCAAUGGGGAGAGGUGACGACGGUGCUCAUUCCAUUAAUGAAAAGCUUGAUUUAAGUAACUACUUUGGUGGAAUGAAGACCAUGGCCGCAUACUUGCAUUAUUAUGCGGCGGCUGAGGGAAAAUAA